UCUCAAGCUGUCAUGGCGGAAAAGAAGAAUGUUUUGGAGAUGCCUUUGCUGCUUCUGUUAAUUUUUCUGAGUUUUCUGCAUUUAUUCAUUUGUCCUUUCACGAAAGUCGAAGAAAGCUUUAAUUUACAGGCGACGCACGACAUUCUGUACCACAGACUUGAUUUUGACAAGUAUGACCAUCAUGAAUUCCCUGGAGUUGUGCCGCGUACUUUCCUCGGACCCCUGUUCCUCUCCACGCUCUGCUUCCCGCUCGUUUCUUUAUCAUCUCUGCUGGAGGCACCGAAAUUCUACACUCAGCUUACAGUCCGGGCUUUGCUGGGGCUUUGCGUGAUCGGCGCUCUGUGGCAUAUGCAGAGAGAAGUGCGGAGGCAGUUUGGCUCCACAGUUGCGUGUCUCUUCUGUCUGACCUGCGCCUCCCAGUUCCACCUCAUGUUCUACAGUACCAGGACACUCCCCAAUGUCUUUGCGCUGCCAAUAGUUCUUGUCGCGUUCACGUCUUGGAUGGCUCAGAAACACAGCUGGUUCAUCAGCCUCUCCGCUUUGGUCAUCACUGUGAUCCGAUCCGAGCUCUGCAUCUUGCUGGGCCUCAUGCUGCUGAUGGCGCUGCUGAGCAGGAGGCUGGGGCUGCUGCAGCUGAUUUACCACGCUGCUCCUGCUGGACUCUUGUCCCUUGCUCUGACGGUGACUGUCGACACCUUCUUUUGGAGAAAGCUUCUGUGGCCUGAGGGGCAGGUGUUGUGGUACAAUACCAUUCUUAACAAAAGCUCCAACUGGGGAACCUCGCCCUUUCUGUGGUAUUUUUACUCCGCCGUGCCUCGAGCCCUGGGCUGCUCGCUGCUCUUCGUGCCUCUCGGCCUCCUGGACAGGCGGAUUAGGCUGCUGCUGCUCCCCACAGUUGGCUUCAUCCUCAUCUAUUCGCUGCUGCCUCACAAGGAGCUGCGUUUCAUCAUUUACACUUUCCCUGUGCUCAAUCUGGCUGCUGCACGCGGCUGCUCCUUCAUAUUGUGCAACUAUCAGAAAUCCUGGAUGUACAAACUGGGCUCUGCAGUUGUGGUUGGCCAGCUGCUGAUCAACUCAUUGUACACUGGCCUUUGCCUGUAUGUUUCCCAUCACAACUACCCGGGUGGCAAGGGAAUCCAGGAACUACACUGGCUGUUGCCAGCCACAGCAGGUCACAACUGCAACGUCUCUGUUCACAUCGACAGCUUUGCUGCCGAAACAGGAGUGUCACGCUUCUUAGAGCAAAACAAAAACUGGAGAUAUGACAAAAGAGAAGACAUAAGCGCCGGAAGCCCUGAGCUCCAGCGGUACUCACACUUGUUGAUGGAGGUGAACAUCACCAAGAUACAGCAGCUGCACCACACUCAUAAGCCCCUGGUCUACAUCGAAGGUUUCAACAACAUCGCCUUUAGCAAGGCUCACUUCCCACCUGUCAGAGUUCACCUAGCGAGGAAAGCUGUGCUGAUGCAGAGCAAGACUUGGGAGGGCACACCGAGAGAAACAUGAGCUGGAAAUAUAAUUUAGAACUAUCAGGUGACAAAAGACAAUUAAAAAUCAUGCUGCUAGAGAUUGAUAGAAAAAAAAAAGUCACAUACCAGCACAGAUCGCCUAUGAUCUUCUGCCCCAGCAAAUGCAUCCAGCUAUUGUUUACACCAGAGAAUCGUUUAUACAUUUUGAUUUGUAAAUGAAUAAAAGCCAGAGAAAAUGAAAGCAUGUUGUUAUCCUUACAGAGAUAGUUCAUGAGGUUAAGGAGAGGGGUAGUAAAACUCCUGAGUGGUUGGUGCUGGAGAAUAAAGCUAACGGCUUUAAUUGGUUUGAGGCCAAACCAAAAUGUUCGUAGCCUUAAAUAACAUCUUAAAAAAGUGAUUUGAUUUGUGUAACAGCUAUCAUUGCCAACUUUGCAUUGGAUAAUCGUUUUCACAGGUGUUUUAUGUGGUGCUGAUGUAGCGCCGGAAAUCAGGAAUAACGUAAAAAUAAAGAUUUUCACCUUUUUUAAAUGGUUACAUUCUUGAAAAUGCCCUGAAAAAAUAAAGCAGAAGGCAGCAUUCACUUAAACUCCACAUUUCACCCUUUUAUAGCA